ACUCAAGUCCAAAUCCAAAAAACAAAACUUUUAAUAAUGAUUUGUAAUUUGUAGUGGUUUUAUUUAUUUUUUUAUAAUAAAAUGAAUAAAAUUCAGCCGCGAGAAAUAUUGAAAUUGUAUAAAGGUCUGUUAAGAUAUGGUCAAGAAUUGAAAUUAACUGAUAAGGAUUUCUAUCAAAAAAGACUUAUAAAAGAAUUCAAGCUGAAUAAAAAUCUCACUGAUGAGGCGGAUAUAAAAUAUAAUUUUGAGAUCAAUUCAAUAAUGCUAUUACAAAGACAUUUGAGGGCUUGUUUUGGAGUUUUUUUGAGAUCAAAACAUUCAAUUGAUUACUCAAGAGUACCCCUUUUGAAAGAUGAGGAUUUAGCAGAAAUGCAUGUCAGAGGAUCUGGCCCUGGAGGCCAAAAAAUAAAUAAAACAUCUAGUUGUGUGGUACUGAAGCAUAUCCCUACAGGAAUUGUAGUUAAAUGCCAAGAAACAAGAUUUCUUGAACAAAAUAGGAAAAUAGCUCAUGACAUUCUUUUGUCAAAAGUGGACAAUUUCUACAACAGAGAAAAUAGUGUUGAAGCCCAAAUUAAGUCAAUUCAGGAUAAAAAAAGCUCCACAAGUCAAAAAAAGAAAGAGAAGAUGAAGUUUUUGAAAGAGAAAUGGAAGGAACGGGAAACUAACAAUUGAGAUUGAAAUAAGGUGCAUACAAAAAUUUGUGCUAUGAAUCAAUAAAAAAAUAAAUAAAGUAGUAGUAAUUAUAAGAUUUGAGAAUAUGUUUAUUUUGUUGAAUGAUAAAAAUACAUAGAUGGUCACAUGGUCAUUUCUAUAAAUGAAUGACUACAUAUUAUAGAUGUUGUACAUUAUUGUUUAUUGUUGUACAUUAUUGAUCAGUUUGUUUAUGAAGGGUUGGGACAUAAUCAUCAUAUUGUGCUUGAUAGAAAUUGCCCCAUACUGGUUGUCCCAAGUUGUAUUUUUCAGCGAAUUUCUUGAUGGAGAAUUUCAAACGUCCUUCCCUGGAUCUAUAAAAAAAAUUACAGAUUAUUAGAGCAG